AACCCAGCUUUCCAAAAGAACCCAAACCUCUUUUUCUCAUCCUUGUCUUGGGUUGCGGCGUCACGUGCAACUUCCACCGUAAAAAGGCACACACCGCCCCACUGUCUCCAGUCUCCUCAGUCUCUCUCUCUCUGCGGCCUCACAGGUCUGAACGAAAUGUCCCCAAAUUAUCCUCUCCAAGGCCUCCUCUUCUUCUUCUUCCUCCUCAUUCCAGCAGGUCUGCCCGCUGCGCCAAUAAUGGCUGGACCAGACACAACCCUGAUCCAGCCAUUCUUCCCAACCCCAUCUAACCCAGCCACGAUCCCAGCCUUCCCCGAACAAUCCGACCUGACUGGCUGCCCUCUCGACCUUCCCAAUGAACUUUUCCACGCCAUCAGCGACGCUUGCGGUGCUUCCAAGGCCAAUAACGCAAAUGCAAGAGCAGGGCUGAAGCAGAGUCGCUGCUGUCCCGUCCUGGCCGCCUGGCUCUACUCGGCUUACUCCGCCACGGCCCUUGGAAGGGCAGGCAAGAACAGGAUGACCACCCAUCCGUACGAUCUUCCAGUGCUGCCUGACGACUCGGAGACUUGCGUAGGCAAUCUGGAGAAUGCGUUGCAGGAGAAGGGAAUCCAGCUUCUGCAACCCAACGAGACCUGCGACCUCGUCUGUUGCUAUUGUGGUAUAAGGCUUCAACCCUUUAGCUGUCCUGAGGCAUUCUCGGUUUCCAAAGAUGGGAAGCUGGUUGGAGGUGAGAAUGUGAAGCGCCUUGAGAAGGAUUGUUUGAGCAACAAUAAAGGCUUUUCGAGUCUUGCAGAUUGUUCCAAGUGCUUGAACUCACUUUACCAGCUUAACGAGGAGAAGAUUGUGAAUUCGAGUAAAGAAGACAGGGAGAGCAGAAUGCAUAACAACGACUGCGAGAUGAUGGGUCUGACGUGGCUGCUUGCCGAGAAUCGAGCGGCUUACAUUCCAAUGGUGACUGCGGUCCUUCAGGCUCUCAUGACGAGCACCGACGGCUCUGAUCCUAAAUCUUGUACCUUGACUGGAGAUGGGAUGCCCUUGGCCGUAGGAUCUGAUGAGUUGGAUGGUCAAUCUUCCUCCACCACCACCACCACCACCACCACCGCCCUUUUAUCUCCUGUUCAACUCACCAUCGCAUCCGUUGCAAUUUCUCUAGUGUAUUUCUGUUGCUUCUUAUCCAUGUGAUUUUAAGUUUUAGAGUUCAAAUUAGUAUUGUAAUUGCGAAGGAUUAGGGUCGAGAAAAAAAUAAGUAAAUUUGUAAUUUUCUGGGUCUGUAUGUGACUAUGUAUCAUCACGAAUUUUAUGUGUUUUCUUUUUUU